AUGGUCGUUCAGUCAACCACAAACUACGAUUACACAGGGGCGACCGCUGGGUUGAUGGACCUUUUACGGUACCUCAAUAAUUAUCCAGCGCUCGGCACUGGUAUCGAGAGAUUGGCUAAUCAAGGUCACAAUUUACUCGGAAGUGAGCUUCCGAUCGAAUUUCUAAAAUACCAGGUUGGCUACCAGAUCAACUUGAUAGGUAGCUAUCCAACAGAUACGGACGUCGUGCCAAGUGCAAUCUUCGUUGCUGCUUUUGCUGUACUAUUAUUCGUUCAUUUGGGAAUCUUCAUCAUAAACUGCUCAAGACACCACUUCUUUUGGGUUUCAAUUGGAUGGGUGUUCUACUGUAUACUUCGGUGUAUUGGCUUUGGUCUCAGAAUCCCUUUCGGAAAAGAUGUUACUCGAGUUCCUACUGGUAUCGCCAGUGAAGUCCUCUUGAUCCUUCCUUCCAUUGUGUUGGUUUCUCUAAACUUGAUUUUAGCCCAACGUAUUUUCACCUGGCGACACCCUGUGGGUGGUUCCAGGAAAUUGUUCUGGGGCUUUAUGAUCACAUUGUAUAUCUUUGUUUUAGCUAUCAUUGGAAUGACGAUUGCUUGUGCAGCCAUUCCAUACAUUUAUUUCCUUUCGGAGGGUGUUUAUCUGUCGUACAAAAAGGUGGUGCAGGCAUCAGCAGUUUUGAUUCUUGCGUAUUCUUUGACUGCUAUUUCCUUGAUUGGUCUUGCAUACUUCUUCAAGCCUACGAGAAAGGAUGAAAACUUAUACACUUACCAGCCAUGGUGGAUUGAGUCGUUUAGUCCAUUCUACUUUGUGAAAAAAGGAGCAGUCUACGAAGCUGAAGAAACCUUCAUGAAGAGAAAUCAUAAUCAUAGACAUGCCAUUCGUGUUAUUGCGGCCACACAUCAUCACUACAACAUGGUGGAGGGUCUCACAAACCAGCGUGGUGAUUUGUCUCAUAACUGGUCUUUGGGAUUGAUUGCAAUCACCACUCUUUUCAUCUUCGUGGGCUCUUUGUGUCGACUCAUUGUUUGCUUUCAAGAUCGCUAUACACGCGAGCAAAGUCGGCUCUGCGAUCCAGUCGCUAUGUACAUUUUAUGGGGUUUGUUAGAAGUCAUCAUCAAUGUGCUUUACAUUGUCGGAAGAGUCGACUUGCGCUUCUACAGACCUGAUAUCUUGCCAGCCAAGGUCAGGGCCAUCAUCACAGCCCAACAGUCGAUCGAGCAGAGUGAUGCUAGCAGUGAGUUUGAUCAGUACUCUUCGGAAGAAGAGAUUUCUGAUACCGAAUCGAGCGAAGGUUUUGAUUUGACGCCUAACGUCCAAAAGGAAGGCUUCGUGAAGAAUGCAAAAGAGCUCGAGUCCGAUGAUGAUGAGGAGUUCCGUUUUUAG